AUGUGGCUGCAAUGCAUCGCUGUGACGGUGCUGAUCGCCGCGACUGCGACCCGCGAAAUAUUCACCAACUCCUUCCUGGUCCGGUUCAAGAGGUCUAUCCGCCACGAGGAGGCCCAGGAACUCGCCCUCCGGCACGGCUUCGACAACCUCGGCCCGGUCCUCGGUUCUGACACAGAGUGGCAUUUCGCGCAUCGCGGCUUACCGCACGCGCGCCCACGCAGGUCCAUCGCUCAUACUCGCUUGUUAAAACGUCACCCACUAGUUCAUACGGCAGUCCAACAGACCGGCUUCAAGCGAGUCAAGCGAGGGUUCCGCCCGCUUCGUCUACCGGAAACCGCGCCGGCUGCUGAACCUCGAGACCCUUAUUUCCCUCUGCAAUGGUAUCUCAAAAAUACAGGACAAAAUGGAGGGAAACCCAAGUUGGACUUGAAUGUAGAAGCGGCUUGGGCUCAAGGGUAUACUGGUGUGAAUGUGACUACGGCUAUAAUGGACGAUGGUGUUGACUACAUGCAUCCAGAUUUGAAAUUUAAUUAUAACGCUGAGGCUUCGUACGAUUUCAGUAGCAACGACCCAUUUCCUUAUCCCCGAUAUACAGAUGAUUGGUUUAAUAGUCAUGGCACGCGAUGCGCGGGUGAAGUGGCGGCCGCCCGCGAUAAUGGAGUGUGCGGGGUCGGUGUCGCAUACCAUUCUAAGGUAGCGGGUAUAAGAAUGCUGGAUCAGCCGUAUAUGACAGAUCUUAUCGAGGCCAAUUCUAUGGGGCACGAGCCUCAUAAGAUUCAUAUCUACAGCGCGUCUUGGGGUCCCACGGAUGACGGACGGACUGUUGAUGGCCCCAGAAAUGCUACGAUGAGAGCUAUCGUUAGAGGAGUAAAUGAGGGGCGUAACGGUCUGGGGAAUAUCUACGUGUGGGCAAGUGGCGACGGCGGCGAAGAUGACGAUUGUAACUGUGACGGCUACGCAGCGUCGAUGUGGACCGUUUCAAUUAACAGUGCAAUAAACGAUGGUCAAAACGCGCACUACGACGAAUCGUGCUCGUCUACACUCGCCAGUACAUUCAGUAACGGCGCGCGCGACCCCAGCACGGGCGUCGCCACCACCGACCUGUACGGGAAGUGCACCGCCACGCACUCGGGGACGUCCGCGGCCGCACCCGAAGCCGCCGGUGUGUUUGCUCUCGCUUUGCAUGCCAACCCAAAUCUUACUUGGCGUGAUAUUCAACAUUUGACAGUAUUAACCUCGAAGAGGAACUCUCUGUAUGACGCUAAAGGUCGUUUCCACUGGACGAUGAAUGGUGUAGGGUUGGAGUUCAACCACCUGUUCGGGUUCGGUGUGCUGGACGCGGGCGCCAUGACCGCGCUCGCGGCCAACUGGCGCUCCGUGCCGCCGCGCUACCACUGCGAGGCCGGCUCUGUUAAUACCCACACUGAGAUCCCCCGGCAGGGCAGCGUGACGCUGCGCAUAGAGAGCGGCGCGUGCGCGGGCUCGGCCAGCGAGGUGCGCUACCUGGAGCACGUGCAGGCCGUGGUCAGCGCCAACGCCUCGCGCCGCGGCGACCUCGAGCUCUUCCUCACCAGCCCCAUGGGCACCAGAUCAAUGAUACUGAGCAGACGCGCCAAUGAUGAUGACAGUAGAGAUGGUUUUACGAAGUGGCCCUUCAUGACGACGCACACGUGGGGCGAGUAUCCUCAAGGAACUUGGACAUUGGAGGCGCGGUUCUCUAGCGACGGCGGCACGGCGGGCUGGCUGCGCGGCUGGGCGCUGGUGCUGCACGGCACGCGCGCGCCGCCCUACGCGCAGCUACAGCCGCAGGACCCGCACUCCAAGCUCGCCGUCGUCAAGAAGGCGCACGAGGACAACUCCGUCGACCAC